UUGUUUGCGGAAGAGUCGUUACCGAUGCCAGCGCGAGCUCGAAGAGGUCGGCAGGACAGAUGAUCCUGGCCGGUCGGGUGCCGAUGGACAGACGGCCGUGGUUGACUGCGAGUCAAGCAGGGACGAAAAGUCAAGCAGGGCCGCAUUAUUUAUGAUUGGUAGGAUGGUCAGUGAGCGGAAAGAUGCGGCCCUUCGGAUCCUGGCGGGUGGCUCGGUGUGGAGUGAAGGGAGGUUUAAAAAAAAGUUGACUCGUGAGAGAAAAGAUCAAAUCAAUUCAAUUUGUUACCAUGUUCUGAAGAUUGUUGAUUCCUUCUUGAUUGCGUAGUCACGGUGGAAUGUUGAAUGGAGGUUCGUUUGGGAUGGUUUCGGAUUUGUUUGGCUUGUUCCGGUGUGUGUAUGUCUGUAUGUUUUUUUCGUUCUGUUUUUCUACCAGAGCACUGGACUCACGGUAAUCAGGACACGGGAAAAAACCGUUUGCCUGGACAUCAGAACGAUCAGGGACGAAUAAAAAUUUAACGAGGGGAAAUUGAUAUUUGUCUAGCUCAUAAAUUGCUGCCAUUUUUUCGGGAAUAAAUUUUAUAGCUUAUUACGUCCAAUUUGUAGCAUCGGAAAUUGAAAUGAGGCAUGAUUCGGUUUCGGUCUGGCUUUGGGUCAUUGCAGAUGAGCAGUUUCGUAGUUCGUUCGGUGCUUAUGCUAAUGGCUCUGUUCGUAGCGAGCUCGCAGGCCUCCAAGUGUCCGCGCGAGAGCACGGGCCGGGAUGGUCCGCGAAGAGUGGUUCUGGAUCUGGACGGAGGUGGUGACGAUGGUUGGGCAUUGCUAAUGCUGUUGGAAAACGAAGAACGGUACAACAUCUGCAUCCAGGCCGUAACCUGCUCGCACGGAAAUGCUCGGGUGUCCGACGUGUUGGUUAAUGUGCUGCGUAUCCUCGAUAGUCUGAAUAGAUUGGAUGUUCCGGUGUAUGUAGGUGCGAGUGAGCCAUUGAUAACACCUGGUCCGAACCGUAACGAUUCCCACUACUUCUGGGGCAACAAUGCGUUUGGAGAUGUCGAGUUUGACAGUUUACCUUCAGUGGACUCGUCGCAGUCGGUGCACGCAGUUGAGGCUAUGCGAGAACUGUUUGAGCAACAUCCCAACCAGAUCACACUGCUCGUGGUCGGACCUCUCACAAAUCUUGCCCUACUGUACAAAAUUUAUCCGGCAACGAAGGAGAAAAUAGGUGGCCUGUUCAUUUUGGGAGGAAAUCGACACGGAGUGGGUAACACGGCCCUGGCCGCCGAAUUCAACUUCUUUCGCGAUCCCGAAGCAGCGCACAUUGUGCUCAACAAUUCUCCAAUGAUCGUGUACGUGUUUCCAUGGGAAACGGUGCUGCUGCAAACGUUCACAACCAGAUGGCGCUUUGAGACGUUUGCAGAAACGACGAACCCUGCCGUGGAGGUGCUAAACCGGGUGGAGUACAAAGUAUACGCGGAAGAGGAAAUAUGGACACCUUGUGAUAUGUACGUUGCGGCAAUCUUUCUGAACGCCAGCAUCCUGCAGUCGGUGCAGAGCUAUCGGGCUGACGUAGAGCUCACGGGAACCGUAACUAGGGGAAUGAUGGCCAUUUUGCAUCACGUGAAAGACGCCAAUCAGCACAACGUGGUCGUCAUAGAUAGGAUCGAUUCAGACGAAGUGCAGCGAAUGCUGGUUGCAUUAAAUAAUGCCAGCUAGUGAUAUUGUGUGCCAAUUGUCGCAAUAUGUAGCAGCGCGAGCUAUGCCAGCACUGGCAGCUGCACAAAGGCAUCCUGCGGCUGCCGGAAACAGCGACGCAUCCAGUCGUGUCAUUUUUAUGUGUAAUGAAUAAAUAGCAACCUCCAACUAAUUAAAUGAUUUACCAUCCGGAACGCGUAGAAUACGUACCGGAGCUUAUGUGUAUGUGCGUUUGUGUGGUUUCUUUUGAAUUUAUUGUGGCCCACGACAUGUACCCACGCUUACGGGCUUAUUCGUUAGACUGUAGCAUUGAGAGCAUUUUUUUGUAGCAACAUUUGUGUCGCAAUUUGUUUGAUUCCUUUUUUUCUCUGCAUGUUACUAGCUACUAGCGGCUAGACUCUAGAGCGGCAAACGUUUUCACUAAACGCAUGCUUCUGCGAGCACACCAUCGUAAACACGCGUUAUCCACGUAAAUCCUUUCACAUAAUCGAGGUGUUGUUGGUCACGGACGCAAAAAAAGCAAGAAGUGAAAAUUCAUUUUAUUCUUCAGAAAAGCGUUGAUUUACUACAAAAGGGCGUGUGGGAUCGGCCGUGUGUAUGUGUGUGUGUUGUUUGUGUUUAAUAUGCUUAUCUAAAUAUAAAAAUGUCAGAUAUGUAUUAUGAAAUUAUAAUAUUCGCCGAGAAUCAGCAUCAUCUUCGUGCAGCAAUGAGAAAGGGCGAAUGAAAACAAGGAAAUGAAUAAAAUCUGUUUCAUCCUGUUUAGUGACAGGUUUGUUUUUGUAUGCGAACUCCUGGGCGUGAAAAGGAUGGCGCAAAACAAAAAUGCUGAAACGAUGCUGCAAACUGCAAAAGCCAUCACGCAUCCGAGAUUUCGCAA